AUGGCGCCUUCGACGUCUUACAUAUCCACCCAGCUCAGACAACUGAUAUACUAUCAUCUCGACAACAACCUCGUCAAAAAUGCGCUCUUCCUCGCCGGUCGUCUCCAUGCCUACGAACCCAGAUCGUCCGAAGCGGCUUAUCUCCUUUCGCUGUGCCAUCUUUUGAGUGGUCAGCCCAAGGCUGCCUGGGAAUAUAGCAAGCUGGCAGGUUCUCGCGGAACACACCUCGGGUGCUCUUAUGUACACGCACAAGCAUGCCUGGACUUGGGGAAAUACAUGGAUGGUAUCAACGCGUUGGAUCGGAGUAGGAAUCUCUGGGCGACGAAGAGCAACUGGAACAAACACAGCGAGACACGCCGUCAACAUACUCCAGAUGCAGCAGCAGUCUUGUGUCUGCAAGGCAAGCUAUGGCAAGCUCACAAAGAUCUGGCACAGGCUGUAGAAUGCUACGCCGAGGCCUUGAAGCUCAAUCCUUUCAUGUGGGAUGCAUUCCUCGGUCUCUGUGAAGCUGGUGUCAGCGUUCAGGUGCCGAACAUAUACCGUCUAAGCCCAGAACUGGUGGCUAUGUUACAGGCUGCUCCUCAACCAGACGUAAUCGCGCUUUCGGAUAUAACGACAUCCGCCAAUGGACCUCUCCAGACGCAAUCGAAUGCUCAUUCCAAUAGCGAUCCUUUUGCCAAUACACCAAAGGGCGAACCUGGCUUGUCCACUGGAAGCUCCGCAUUGUGGGAGAAAUUGAAUGGCAGCUCUGUCAGCGUUGCUUCCGCGGGUACAACGAUUAUUCAUGAGAUACCUGAAAAUGAGAACGAGCCUGAAGAUGCUCGUAAUGCCCACAGCGACAUCUGGGACCCUCCACUUGCUCCAAACAGACGAAGCAGAACUGUCCAACACGUCGAGUACGGGGAUCCACCGCCGAAAAUGCGAGCUACUGCGUUGAAAUCUAGGAUCCGGUCUAGAGCUGAGUCGGAGGAUCAAAACGUCAUUCAAAUGGAUGAAGAGUCGACUUCUGUUGCUCCGGCUGGUGAUAGAAAACGAACGGUUUCUGGUCAAGUAGCCCAUCCAGCACCUCAUCCCGUAGAGCCAGGUGCACCACAGCGUCGGAGCACGCGACUGCUGAAUCACAUACGGCCAACCUCCAGCCGGCUAGCCACUGCCACUUUAGGAAGAGAGGGAAGAGAAGUGAGAAAAGUCCGUGCAACAGGGACGAGGGGACGGACAACUGCUGCCACAAACGUAGGACGUGUUGUGAGUGGGAAUAGAAAGGUCAUUAGCGGCUCGGAUCCCGAUAGCAAGGAGCCACGAACAUCUGCCACGUCCUCUAAUAGCGCUGGUAGCUCGCAUCAGACCAAGAGUGCAGUCGCCGAUCGCUCAAAGGAAAUGGAAGCGUUGUCAUGGUUAAUGGAUCUGUUCUCGAAAUUAGCUACCGGCCAUUACAACCUGACGCGCUACAAGUGCCAAGACGCUGUUCAGAGCUUCAACCUCUUACCUCAGGCUCAGCGUGAGACGCCCUGGGUUCUGUCUCAGCUUGGUCGGGCUUACUAUGAGCAAGCGCUGUAUCCUGAUGCAGAAAAAUACUUCCUUCGAGUGAGAGCGUUGGCACCAGCCCGCUUGGAAGAUAUGGAAAUAUACUCGACCGUACUAUGGCAUCUCAAAAACGAUGUUGAGUUGGCAUAUCUGGCCCAUGAGCUUAUGGAGGUAGACCGUCUAUCUCCUGAGGCGUGGUGUGCGGUUGGCAAUUCUUUCUCUCAUCAACGAGAUCAUGACCAGGCACUAAAAUGUUUCAAACGUGCCACACAACUCGAUCCUCGCUUUGCCUAUGCGUAUGCUCUCCAAGGUCAUGAGCACGUCGCAAACGAAGAAUUCGACAAAGCACUCGAUGCGUUCCGUAAGGGAAUCAGUGUCGACAGUAGACAUUACAACUCUUGGUAUGGCCUUGGUCAAGUAUACGAAAAGAUGGGUAAGCUCGAAUAUGCAGAACAGCACUAUCGCAACGCAGUGCAGAUCAACCCGAACAAUGCAGUACUCAUCUGUUGCAUGGGUCUUGUGGUUGAAAAAUUAAAUAACCCACAAUCCGCUUUGUUUCAUUACAGUCGGGCAACGACUAUUGCGCCGAGAUCGGUAUUGGCCCGAUUCCGCAAGGCUCGUGUUCUUUUGAAACUGAAUGAAUACAAGCUGUCGUUGACAGAGCUCAAGGUGUUGAAAGAUAUGGCUCCGGAUGAAGCGAAUGUUCAUUAUCUACUUGGAAAGGUUUACAAGCAAUUGCACGACAAGGGUAACGCAAUUAAACAUUUCACCACUGCACUGAAUCUGGAUCCAAAAGCAGCGCAGUAUAUCAAGGAUGCUAUGGAAUCGUUGGACGACGACGAAGAUGAUGACGCUGACAUGGCAUGA